AAUUCAUAUCCGUUAGGGUUCUUCUCCUGCAACCAUAGUUUUCAAAUUCACGAUCAUGAUCAUCUAAUUACAACAUCGUCGAUGGCAAAUUCUUCUCAGGUUGGGGUUUUGGUGCCUCUGAAUGGUAAUCUAGAGGAAGACACUUCGAAUUCGAUCCCUGAAGUUGGGAUUAGUAAAGGGAUUAAUGUAUUAGGUCGUAAUGUUAUACCUAUCACUGACAAGAGACUUAGCCGCAAACAUCUCUCUGUUACCGUCUCUUCUGAUGGCUCUGCUGAAGUUCUCGUGGAAGGAACGAACCCAGUUGUCAUUCGAUCUCAGGAUAAAAGGAAGAAGCUUUUAUCUCGAGAAAAGCUGACAAUUAGAUAUGGUGAUAUCAUAGAAUUAAUCCCAGGACACCACUUAUUUAAGUAUGUUGCUUUUGAUGGAAUAAGAAAGAGAUCUUCACCGAACACACAGAAAAGGCCUUUAAUCGAAGGAAUUCAAGACGAGCCGCUUACACAAAAGCGAUUGCGACAAGUUUCUGAAGAUGAGGCCCUUGCUAGAAGAUUGCAGAUUGAGCUGAAUGAUGAUAUCCAUGAUAAGAAAAGCUCUGCCGAGGCAAUCUGCAAUUUCAAGCCCCCCAAAGAUAAAUUACCACAGACCUUUCGACUUAUGCGAGUGAGAGGUUUGCAACCUUGGGCCAAUACUAGUUCUGUGUCAGUUGGGGAUGUAAUUCAGGGGGAUGUUCUCAUUGCUAUUCUUUCGAACUACAUGGUCGACAUUGAUUGGUUGAUAUCAGCAUGCCCUACUCUAAAGAAUGUCCCUCAUGUUCUGGUGGUUCAUGGUGAAAGUGAUGGUAGGCAGGAGCAUAUGAAGAAAAACAAAGCAGCAAAUUGGAUUUUGCACAAACCUCCAUUACCCAUCGCAUGGGGGACACACCAUUCCAAAGCCAUGUUUUUGGUAUAUCCUCGAGGCGUGAGAAUUAUUGUCCAUACGGCAAAUUUAAUCUACGUUGAUUGGAAUAACAAAAGCCAGGGUUUGUGGAUGCAAGAUUUUCCAUGGAAGAGUCAAGAUAAUUCAAACAAAGGAAGUGGCUUUGAAACCGACCUGAUUGACUAUCUUAGUACACUGAAGUGGCCUGAGUUUUCAGUCAAACUUCCUGAACUAGGCAACUUCACUUUGAAUCCAUCUUUCUUUAAGAGAUUUGAUUACAGCAGUGCAGCGGUAAGGUUAAUAGCUUCUGUACCUGGGUAUCAUUCAGGUUCAAAUGUUAAGAAAUGGGGACACAUGAAGCUACGUUCCGUUCUACAAAACUGUGUUUUUGAUAAAGAAUUCCAAAACUCGCCCCUCAUUUAUCAGUUCUCCUCCCUAGGUUCUUUGGACGAGAAGUGGAUGACUGAGCUGGCAUUCUCAAUGUCAUCAGGAGUUUCAGACGACAAGAAGCCUCUGGGCCUAGGGGAACCUUUAAUUAUAUGGCUCACUGUUGAGGAUAUCAGGUGUUCUAUAGAGGGCUAUGCAGCAGGGAGCUGCGUUCCAAGCCCUCAAAAGAAUGUGGAGAAAGCGUUCUUGAAGAAAUAUUGGGCAAAAUGGAAAGCAAGCCACACCGGUCGCUGUCGUGCAAUGCCUCAUAUAAAGACAUUUACUCGUUAUAACGGUCAAAACCUUGCAUGGUUCUUGCUAACAUCAGCAAACCUCAGUAAAGCUGCCUGGGGAGCACUUCAGAAAAACAAUACUCAACUGAUGAUUCGUUCAUAUGAGCUUGGGGUGCUGUUUUUACCAUCUUCAACCAAACAUACUCAUUCAUUUUCUUGUACUGGAAACGGGAGUCUGUUGGAGAAUAGUUGUGGUUCCUCUUCAAAAACUUCCGAAGUAAAAAGAACAAAGCUUGUAACACUGGCUUCCGUACAUAGCAAGAAAAUAGAUUUGCCGGAGGUGAUUACUUUGCCAGUGCCUUACGAACUCCCUCCACAGCGUUACUCUUCAGAAGAUGUUCCUUGGUCAUGGGAUCGACAAUAUAAGAAGAGAGAUGUUCUUGGUCAAGUUUGGCCUUGAAAAAUUUCAAGUUGUAUAUAUGUUGUUGAUUCUUUUAAAGAAAAAGAACAUUGCUUUCUAGGUGUUUUUUUUUUGGAAAUCGACUCAAACAGCCAUUCCACCCACUGAAAUUGGUCUUCUACCCAUUUCUCUUAUGGGUUUAUCCAAAUGUCACUACGUCCGCAAUUUCCACAUCCACAAUAUUGCAGACCUGAGUAAAAGACAAAAUAAUCAAAUUACACCAGGUUAGCAAGUGGCACUUUUGCAGUUAUGGACCUAUGUUAAUUCUGAAUUUUUUUUUUUGUCUUUUAGUCAGGUCUACAGUAUUGCAGAUGUGGAUAUUGGGGACGUAAUGACAUUUGGGUAAACUCGGGAGAGAAAUGGCUAAGAGAUCAAUUUGAAUGGAUGGAAUGACUAUUUGAGUCAAUUUCCUUCUUUUUUUUUUCUUUUUUUGAACCUGGUCAAACAUGCUAGCGAAUGGAUCUUUUUUAAAAGUGUCGGGGCUUGUUUACUAAAUAGAAAUCUCGUCUCGAAAUUUCAUGUUUCCUCCUUGUCUAGACAUGGUAACGGGGCGUCUGAACCAGAUUCUCCAACGGGUCAGGGCAUAUCGUUAUGUCCCACCAAUCAUGUGUUGACACAUUAGCAUUA